UUCAGGGCAAGGCGCACACGGCAGUCCGACAGGUCUCAAUCCAGGCCUGCACCCGUCCUCGGCAUCGCUCCAUCAGGGAUUCAAAGUCUUGAACCAGUCUUGCACACACAAGGCCUCCACGGGUCUAGGAUUCGAACCAGCGGCUAUAGUAAACAGGGCUACAAACGGGGCUACGAUGGUUGCCACAGCGAGGGCAGUGGUCUGCCUGUCUUUCUGGUUGUCUGUGGUUCAGGUCCGGGGAUCCUACAUCCCUCCAAUGAUGAACAAAACCAUCCAGGACCUCCUGCGGCACUAUAGUAUCUCACCUAAAGAGAGAUUUAACGGGAAGCCGGUCUUCUCCAAAGAACCGCUGACGGGAAAAAUGGAGGGAAAGCGGGUGUUGAUGGGAGGCAUUCUGGACACAUACGAGAAGCUGAUUGGCCAGAUGUUGAAGCAGCAGCCCACCCCGACCCCCCAGACCGCCGGGAGCCACGAGCGUCUCACCCCCGCCGCCGCCGGCUCUGCCAGUGAUGGCAGCGUCAGGUGGGGGUUGAACUACAUCCUGCAGAGGGUCCAAGUGCUGAGGAAAAACUAUUACCAGGAGCAAAAGACGCUUCUGCAGAAGCUCAAGGCUCUUGACGAAAUCAAGCUGGAUAACCGUGUGGUCCAGAGCAAAGCAUUGUGGGAGCUGCCGUGGCUGUACGAGGAGGCGAGCUCGUUGAACGACACCAUCAAGCUGGAGCGGAGGAUGAGGCGCCGCCGCCGCCGCCGCCAAGCCCGGAAGGUCAAGACUCGUCUGACAGCCUGAAACAACAGCACGCCUCCAACAUGUCAACAAUGACAGCACCAGGGAUGAUUAACGACUAAAAAUUAAAAUUUAAUUAAAAAUACAUUAUAAUGCCAAAGAAUAUCCAAAUUUAAACCAGCGUGCCAACUUCUUAUUCUAUUUUCUAAGAGGUUUUUUAAGAGGUUAUUUAUAAAUAAAUGUAUAUUUAUUACACCAGCAGCCUAAGCCUAGAAGAUAUUGUACAUUUCUAAAAUUCACAUAUCUUUUUUUAGGGAUGUUCGGAGCUCGAUACUUGAAAGAGGCGUGGCGGUUUGAUCCUGUGAAAUGUUUAUUAAAACUAAAAGUCAAUCAACUCACUUUAUCAAACUCAAUAUCGACCAGUUUCCACCUGGAAAUACUUGAUUUCUACUUAUUUUAAAAUGUUUAUUUAAUGCUCAGAAAAUCAGCCAAUUAGAAUAAUAAGACAUUUAACUGUCAGCAGCUCAUGUAGUACAAAGUACACAUGAGUUGAAUACUGACAUAACCUUAAAUGCACUCUGAACAUGUGGGUCCAGCACUGAAGUAGAAGUACUAUACUCUUUAGGGAUUUUUGUAUUUUACCGACAUGUAAUAUUCUAUUUAUGUUUGUAUUUAAAGCGUAUUUAAUAAGCGUAAUGCUAUGACUGAUGCUAAUUUAUUGUAUUUAUUGAUUGAUUGGUACAUGCAGAGAAAUGCAACUGAAUAAAGCACAAUG